CAUCUAGGUUCUCUUGGUGGAAGGAGAUGCGCGGCGGUGUGUUGUGUUUAUGAAUUUGAUAAUAGCUAAAAGAAUCACAAAUGAAGCCAGGCGGAUAAUUUUACAGUAUCCUAGGAAGUGGUAUUUGCACGGUCCGAGUGUGUAGCCCGGAGGCGAAGUUAGUGCUUUGGAAAUAUUAGUGUUUUUAGUGUAGUGUUUGGAGUGGUGGUUGUGAGCAUGGCCCUCAGCUGUGGGAAGGAGGUGGCGGCGUCGUCGCUAUGAUAUGUGCGGCCACAGAUAGGGAGGCGGCCUGUAGGAGUGUUGGAGGUCCAGGAGGCGGACUGGGAGGUGGAGUAGGAGGGUUGCUGGGCGCUGGCGGAGUGUUCACGGCGAUGCCCCUCUCCCGCACCCGAUCCUUGCUGGCCAACAUCAACGGUGCGGGUUCCCCUGGCGACACCACCAACACCACCCUCUCGAACACCAGCAGCAACGCCACCACAGGCACCAGCGCCUACCUGGAGGGCGGGAGCACCACGCACUUGCCGCCCCUCAAGCCCCUCACCAUGAAGACGACGGGCGCUCAGUCCAUCACGCAGCUCUACGAGUUCGACGACACCAACUCGAACUCGGAGCAGAACGGACAGCCGAACUCCGUGUCGAGUCAAGUCAACACCGACUCGUCCAGCCUCCCCGUGGUGCGGCCGCCCUCGGCUGACUCGAGUAGCCUCAAGAACGGCUCAACCAGACAACCAAAGACAUAUGUAGCUACCCCUGAACAAGUCAUGAAAUAUUAUAUGAACAAACUUACUCCUUACGAACAUAAAGAAAUCUUUAACUAUCCACAAAUCUACUUCAUAGGCGCCAAUGCGAAGAAGCGGCCAGGUAUCAUAGGGUCUGGGAACCAGGCGAUCUCCUCGAAUUAUGGGUACGACGACCACCAGGGGUCGUACGCCCACAUUCCUCACGACCACAUCCAGUACAGGUACGAGGUGCUCAAAGUCAUAGGCAAGGGGAGCUUCGGGCAGGUGGUGAAGGCCUACGACCACAAAAGUCACUUGCACGUGGCCCUCAAGAUCGUCAGGAAUGAGAAGAGGUUCCACAGGCAAGCACAGGAGGAGAUCCGCAUCCUCGAACACCUCAGGAAACAGGACAAAGACAAUACUAUGAACAUCAUCCACAUGUUCGACCACUUCACCUUCCGCUCUCAUACGUGUAUUACCUUUGAGCUCCUCUCUAUAAACCUCUAUGAGCUUAUAAAGAAAAACAAAUUUAUGGGCUUCAGUCUCCAGCUGGUUCGCAAAUUUGCUCACAGCCUCCUCUUGUGUUUGGACGCCCUGUAUAAAAACAAAAUCAUCCAUUGUGAUAUGAAACCGGAAAACGUUCUCCUGAAACAGCAAGGACGCAGUGGCAUUAAGGUAAGACUUCACACCCACCGUUUUAUAGCAUGAAAGGUUAUUUAAUGGACGGAAAAAUCCAACAGCAA